UCUAAGAUGGCGGACCGGCGGCGGAGGAGGAGGCGCGCGUCUCAGGACAGCGAGGACGAUGACGAGUCCGGCUCGGGUUCGGACAGCGGGAGGUCCGGUUCUCCUGCGACAAAGGCCCGAGGCCGCGAACCCGACCCGGCCGAAGUGACAGUUAGCCGGUCCGAGGCCAAGAGCGACGUAGAGUCCGAGUGUGAGAGCGAGGACGGCGCCGGAGAAGCCGUCCUGUCCGACUACGACAGCGCCGACCCAGAGGAGAACGGCUCCCACUCCGAGGGAGGGGAAGAGGAAGAGGAGGGCUUCAGUGAGGAAGAGGCUCCGGCUGCAGCCGGCGAACCCAAACCCGCCGCCGCCGCCCCGACCCAGGAUGAAGGAGACGAGGAAGAGGGAAAGGGGGAGGAGGAGGAGGAGGAAGCAGGAGGCGUCAGGGAGGAGGAGAGUAAAGCUGAGGAGAAAGGGAACCUGGCAGGAGAGCGGCAGAGCGGAGACGGACAGGAGUCGACCGAUGACCCAGAAACCAAGGCGGGGGGGAAACCGGGUCAGCAGCUGGAUGACGACGAGGACCGGAAGAACCCGGCUUACAUUCCCAGGAAGGGUCUGUUCUUCGAGCACGACGUCCGCGGGCAGACUCAGGAGGAGGAGCGGCCCAAAGGUCGGAACCGGAAGCUGUGGAAAGACGAGGGCCGCUGGGAGCACGACAGGUUCAGGGAGGAGGAGCAAGCGCCGAAGAGCCGCGAGGAGCUCAUCGCCAUCUACGGUUACGACAUCCGGAACGGCGCCAGCGGCCCUGGAGAACGAGCGUACCGACAGCGCCGACCCAGGCAGGCGUCCCCCAGCAGAGACAAGCGGUGGAGGGAGGGGCCCCGACCGGCCCGGUCCUGGCAGAACCGAGCCGCUCCUCCUUCGUCUGUCCCUCCGCCCUCCUCUGCCUUUCCUCCCCUCUCCGCGGCUCAGCGGAGCAGCACCUCCUCCAGACCGCCCCCCGCCCGCAGCAGACCCCCCCACCACAACCAAGCGCACCCCUCCUCUCACGCGGAGUACAGGAACAAUGAAUCCAACGCACCUCAGGUUCAGCACAGAGAGCGGCACGGUCCCAAAGCUCCGCUGGACCCGGUGGGGGAGAGAGGCGGGGCCAGCAGAGGGGGGCGGGGCCCUGCAGGAAGGGGGGGUUCUUCUGUGGUCAUCGAAGAGGUUUCUGUCAGCCAAUCAGGCGAGGCGGAAGAGGAUCCGAGGUCGGUGACAGCGGCUCAGUCGCCGAGACGACAGGAGCAGAGGGGUGGAGCCGACAGAGCCGCCUCUGACCCCGCCCUCCAGCCUUCAGCAGCCAAUCCGGAAGCCUCUCCCCCCGCCGAGCGUCCCGUGGAACGUAAGUCCUACUCCCUGGCCCGCAGGACUCGCUCCCGGCCCGCGGACCUGGGUAGCAAGCAGGCCUCAGUCGAGGAGUCGGCAGCCGGGGGGAACACGCCGUCCCCCGCUGGAGGGGGAGGGAAGAACUGGGCGGGGGAGGGCGACGACGCGGGUCAGACGGGAGGGGGAGGAGUGGCGGAGCUGGACCAGGCGGUGGCUCAGCUCAACCUGGCCCGACGGAACUGGAGUCCAAACCAGACGUCGUUCGUUCGCUCCGAGAUGAGAGGUCUGCCCAGUCCGAUGCACGUCACCGGCGGCCCGCCUCAGUUUCCCAACAUGGAGGAGAUGGGCGUCAGCUCCAACCGAGCCAAGCGGUACUCCUCCCAGCGCCAGAGAGCCGUGCCGGAACCGGCGCCGCCCAUGCACCUGGGAGUGAUGGACGGCCAUUACUACGAGCCCAUAUCGUACCAGGGACCAAUCUACACCCACGGGGAAGGCCCCGCCCCCAUCCCCCCGCAGGGCAUGCUGGUCCAGCCGGAGAUGCACAUCCCUCAUCCGGGUCUCCAUCCCCACCAAUCAGGAGCCCCCAUCACUAACCCCGCCCUCUACGGAGCGCCGCCUGUGUCUCUGUCGCCGGGGCAACCACAGCAGCUCCUGCCUCCUCCGUUCUACCCUCCGCCAGGAGUCAUGCCCUUCCAGUACCCGGCCAUGUACCCAAACCCGCAGGGCCAGUCCCAGGUGACCUACGGCGGCGUCACGUACUACGACACCAUGCAGCAGCAGGCCCAGCCCAAACCAUCACCCCCCCGCCGCACCUCCCAGCCCGUCACCGUCAAACCCCCCCCUCCAGAGGUUCCGUUUGCCUCAGAGUGACCAGCCCCUCCUCUCGUCCCCGCCCCCUGACUCCGCCCCACCCUUACCUCGAAACUACAGGAGCAGGGUGGGCGGGUCAGUGAGGAGCUGCCGGUCCAAACCGGACCACCGAGGAGGGGGGCGGGGGCAGGAUAAGACGGAGGCAGACUCUGCUGGCGACCCGCAGCAUCACUACUAGAUCAAAACUCCUCUUUACUCCCAGCUCUGCCGUCGGCGGUCUGGACCCGUUUCCAGAACCAAGGCUUCGCUCUGCCGGAUGGACCGGAUCCGACCCACAACUGAUGACGCGUCCCGUUCAAAGACUUCCUGUUCAGCUUAACGGUUUAGAAUAAAUCACACGGUUACAGGACUUCAGAACCAACCGGUCUGAACCGGUUAACAUGCGAACCAGAACCUUCUGGAUCUUCUGACAGUAAAUCUGCUCCGACUCUGUUUGGGUCACGGUCAGAGAAAAAGGUUUCAGGAAGUAAAUCCUGAACUCUGACCCGCUCCAGCGCCGAGCGGCCCGUCUGCUCCAUCAUGGCUGCGUGAUGGAGGCCAACGCCGCUGUGAAUAAAGCUGGAAGAGAUGAGCCUGAAGGGUUAAAGUACGCCAACGCCGAGUCGGCAGGGACCCAAACCGUAGCGGUGGAGAGGCGCUGCCUCAUUUGUCUUCCUUUUCAUCAAACUGAUUGUUUUUUUUAUUUGUAGUUUCUGUAGCGACGCCGCUUGGACCGCCUGCUCGUUUCAAACAUUCGGAGCGUAGCAGGAAUUCCAGACUGAUCCUAGGCUGAAGGUUUCCAGAUGAAUUAUUUCUUGUUUGUAUUUUUUUGUUUUCAGCCAUCUUCUGUUUCUGCUCAGAUCUGAAACGUCUUUGGUUUGAUGUCAGAAUAAAGUUUCUCCUUCUUUCCUGAACGUCUCUGAGC